UACACCAUUUGUCAUGGGGUACGUGAAUAAAAAUGAAAAACAAUUAGCGCUCAACAAUUACAAGUGCACCUUGUUUAAUAAUUAUGUGUUUGAUUUUAUACAUUGGUGUUAUGUGUAUAUCCCAAAUGUAUAUAGGUAAGUGUAUGUUCAUAUCGCUUUUGAAUGAGGAUUAUUUUCAUAACGGGCUCAGAUUCAGGGAACGUGUGUGAUUCUACGUCAUGCAGAAAUGACUUCUCAAAGAGAAACCUGCUUUAAGUAAACACACACCUUAGCACCACCCAGUCAGAGGAACCCGCCAUGAACCGAGAGGCGCAGAUCGAGGAGAUCGUGUCCAAGGCCAAAUUCGGAGACCUGAUCGAGUUCUCGUACCCCAUCGGCUACUCUCACUGGGGCGUGUACCACACAGUCGGCCAUGUGAUCCACUUUGCAGUCGCAGAGGAGAGCACCAUCAUGAGAAACGUCCGCACCUCCCUGCAAAACCUGUUUCCCAUCUGCGGCGACCUCCUGCUGGGAGCCACCAAGAUCUGCAGCGUGCCGCUGGGUGAGGUCAACGUCCCCGAAGGUGCUCACAUCCUGAUCUGCAACAACCGGCACGCCUUCACGCCGUCUUCCCUGGAGGACAUGAGACGGCGCUGCGAGGCCCUGGAGGGCAAGGAGCUCACCUACAAUCUCUUCACACUCAACUGCGAACACUUUGCCACCUUUGUUCGCUUCGGAAAGUCCGUGUGCAACCAGAUUCCCACCAUGGCCAAAAAUGUGGAGAAUGAAGAAGCCACAGCCACCUUCCAGAACUACGUGGAUGUCAAAGAAAGCUGUAAAGACUGACUUCUGGUCUCACACACACACAUCUCUUAGUGGACCUCAUCAUCAUCAUCAUCAUCACUGACUUUUGUGUUGCUCUGAACUCGCCCAUCAAUGUGUUUAGUUUUCAAUGAAUACAAUAAUAAAAUCAUGAAUAAUAAUAAUAAA